AGUAAAGACUGUUCACGUGUUGGUACAUCGACGCUUGAAUAUGUCUUCCAGCGUUGCAGUGAAACGACCCAAUCUUGGGUCUUCUCAGCCAGUCGAGAAGGUGGACUGGAAGAAAAGGAAAGCGGAAAUAAAGGAGGCUAAGAAGCAAAGGAAAGAGGCCAAGCUGAUCAAACGACUAGAAAAACAGAAACAGCAAGAGGCUGCUGAGAAAGCAGAAACUGAACUGAGCCAAAGCAAAAAAGGUCGGGCUUACACGGUGAGUCUGGCUCUGCCGGGGUCUAUCCUGGAUAAUGCUCAGUCUCCUGAACUUCGCACGUACCUGGCCGGACAGAUCGCCCGCGCCUGCGUCGUUUUCUCUGUUGAUGAGAUCGUAGUGUUUGAUGAACGAGGGGAAGAUGUCAAGAGUGUGGAGGGAGAGUUUAGCGGUGUUGGGAAGAGGGGACACGGUUGCAUUCAACUUGCCAGAAUACUUCAGUAUCUGGAAUGUCCACAAUAUCUGCGCAAGGCCUUCUUCCCAAAGCAUCAAGAUUUACAGUACGCAGGUUUGCUUAACCCUCUAGACAGUCCUCACCACAUGAGGAUAGACGAGGAAUCUGACUACAGGGAAGGCGUCGUGGUCGACAGGCCUACCAAACAGACCAAAGGGUCGUUUGUCGACUGUGGAAUGAGAAAGGAAGUUCAGAUUGAUAAGCAGCUGCAGCCUGGACUACGAGUCACAGUACGGCUCAGCAAGACACAAAAUCCAGAAGGCAAAGUAUAUAAAGGUGUUGUCGUGGCUCCUCACGUGCCCAGGACUGAAGGUGGUUAUUAUUGGGGCUACAGUGUUCGUCUGGCAUCUUGUCUCAGUGCAGUUUUCACUGAAAGCCCCUUUAAAGGAGGAUAUGAUCUGACUAUUGGUACGUCAGAAAGAGGCAGCAACGCGGACCAGGCAUCACUGACGCCAUUCAAACAUCUCUUGGUCGUUUUUGGAGGUCUUCAGGGAUUGGAGGCCAGUUUAGAUGCCGACCAAAAGCUGGAUGUAACUGACCCCAGUGUUUUGUUUGACCUUUACCUCAACACGUGCCCCGGUCAGGGCAGCAGGACCAUUCGUACCGAGGAGGCCAUCUUAAUUUCCAUGGCGGCCCUGAGGCCAAAGAUCACAGCUGCCGUUUCCAGCAGUAGUGCUUCAUUAGAGAGUUGAGGAUACAAUAACACAAAAAUGUUUUAAUGUCCAGAUCUGGAGCAUUUAGCAUUGCCUUCUGUAAGAAUAUUUCACCCAAUUUUUGCAUUGAAUGCAGUCAGCAAUAGAUCUAAUGUUGUCUGAUGUUUAUUAUCCCUGUUGCUUCAAGAAAUUGCACAUAUUGAACCAUAAAUACUAUUCAGAUGCAUGAACUGGUGUGUUUUGUGUCAGCAGUACAAAUCUAUUUCAUGAAAAACAGUGCAGAGAAUAUCAUGGACAAACAAAUGGGAACAACCUGUUUAUUAACAGAUUUUGAACUUUCAAUUGUAUUUUCAUAGGUUUUAAAGGGUUUCCUAAUGAUAUAGACCUCCACCAUUGCCAUUCAUACUACACCUAAGUAAUUAAGUAACAGACAACCAAUAGCUAUUAAACCAUAGUGAAAAACCUCUCUAUAUAGAAUUUUGUAUUUAUUUAUUUACAGUGGGUCCACUGGGAGAGAUUUUUUAGGCAGUGAACUAGCAGGCCCAUUUCUGUAAUUUUCCACAUUUAUUUAUUAGUGCUGACAGAUUUGUGGUUUUUACUACAGAAAAAUUAGUUUUUAUUGUGUAGUAAAGAAAAUGACAUUUUCUUUUCAAAAUUGCACAAAUUUCAAUAUUAAAUGGGAUUAAAUGUGUCCUUAAAACAUGUUGUUUAAACAUCUUUCGCUGGUUCGACAUACUUGAUAUCAAAGCAGGCUAUAUAUACCCAACAAUGUAAACUGAUCGUGAUGUUCCUGUAGUAAAAUAUUUCUACUUACAAGUUUCUUAUAACAGUUUUAAAAAUGGGACCUGUAUGAAACUGAAAGUUGACUUUAUCUGGUCCAGGCCAAAGAUCGAAAAACUCAUCCAUACCACGACUGCGAUGCAUACUGUGGAUGAAUUGAACUAAAGCUGCAUGUAGCGUGACAUUGAGUUAAAAGGUUUAAAUGCCACACAAUUAAAGGAGUGUGAACAUAUCCAUAAAUGUACUAUGUUUUAAUCAGCACUCACCAUUCCUUUAUGUGUGCAGUUUUGAUGGUGUGAUUUUAAACCACAGAGAGGAGAGGCCGGAUAGCAUCGGUUUCAGUUAUUUUGAGACCGUAUAAGAUAAGAAGUGUCAUCAGGAUGAAGAUGGUAGUACAAAUGACCACAACGUACCUCCAUCGCCUCCAAAAGAACAGUGGUGCAGUAUAAGAAAGUGUAUAUACCUGAAAAGAAUGUGAGGUACAAGUUUUACUUUGUAUAUUUCAUUUUUGUGCAACACUACAUUUAUUUAACAGCUUUAGUUCUCUUUGCAGACCAUACCCCCAUAAUUUCUUGUUGAUUAAAGUGCUUUCAAAUUACAGCAAACUAAAUACU